GGUCUGCCGAAGCCUGAACCGAAGGAGUGGGCAUGAGGCGCUGCCCGUGCCGGGGGAGCCUGAGUGAGGCAGAGGCCGGGGCGCUGCCCGCGGCGGCCCGCAUGGGGUUGGAGGCGCCGAGAGGAGGGCGGCGACGGCAGCCAGGACAGCAGCGACUUGAGCCCUGUGCAGGGGACCCAGCGGGACGGCCGGAGGGGGGCGGGCCCUGGGCCCGCACCGAGGGGUCCAACUUCCACACUGAGGCGGAGAAGGCCGGCCUCGGGCCUGAGCCGGGAACAACAGAUGGUCCACAGACAGAAUUCUGGAUAGAUGAGCAAACUGGCCCUGAAGGAGCUGGCCUCGGAGCAGAGACGGAGAGGCCCAGUCAAAAGAAGGAGCCAGAAAGGUCCACCCUCCAGUUACAUCCAGAAAGGCGCUGGUCAGAAUUUGAGACAACCAGUCGCUGGACGGAGAUUGGGACGGAUGGCUUUUGGACUGGUCCGUACAGCUCAGACCUCCAGUCUCAGCCAGAGAGGGCCAGCCUUUGGACACAGCCAGGAGUUGAUAGGCCCUGGCCAGACCUAGAAACACAGGGGUCACAAACUCAGCCAGAAAGGGUCGAGCCUUGGGUUGAUAACCUCUGGACCCAUCAGGGCAGGUCCAACCUCCGGACUCACCCAGAGGGAGCCUUUCCCUCACCAGAGCCAAGUGCUGACGGCUCCUGGAAAGGAUUGUACACUGAUGGCUCUAGGACACAACAGGAUACUGAAGGUGCGAGGACGGAGUCACACACUAAUGGCUCCAAGACACAACAGGAUAUUGAAAUAGCCAGGAAACAACCUGGCAGGAAUAGUUUACCAAUACAACAAGACACUGAUGGGUCCUGGACACAGCCUGGCACUGAUGGUCCCCAGACAGCACCUGGGACUGACUGUCUUUUGGGAGAGCCUGAUGAUGGCCAAUUAGAGAAACCAGAGCCUGAGGAUUUGGUGGCUCACCUAUCCUCUCACCUGAAGUGUAGCCCCCUGUGCCCUGUGCCCCGCCUCAUCAUCACCCCUGAGACUCCUGAGCCUGAGGCUCAGCCAGUGGGACUUCCCUCCAGGGUGGAGGGAGGCAGUGGUGGCUUCUCCUCUGCCUCCUCUUUCGACGAGUCUGAGGAUGACGUGGUGACCGGGGGUGGAGGUGCCAGCGAUCCUGAGGACAGGUCUGGGAGCAAACCAUGGAAGAAGCUGAAGACAGUUCUGAAGUAUUCGCCCUUCGUGGUCUCUUUCCGAAAACACUACCCUUGGGUCCAGCUGUCUGGACAUGCUGGGAACUUCCAGGCAGGAGAGGAUGGUCGGAUUCUGAAACGUUUCUGUCAAUGUGAGCAGCGCAGCCUGGAACAGCUGAUGAAAGACCCCUUGCAGCCUUUUGUGCCAGCCUACUAUGGCGUGGUGCACCGGGAUGGCCAGACCUUCAACCAGAUGGAAGAUCUCCUGGCAGAUUUUGAGGGGCCCUCUAUUAUGGACUGCAAAAUGGGCAGCAGGACCUACUUGGAGGAGGAGCUGGUGAAGGCUCGAGAACGACCCCGGCCCCGGAAGGACAUGUAUGAGAAGAUGGUGGCUGUGGACCCUGGGGCCCCCACCCCUGAGGAGCAUGCCCAGGGCGCAGUCACCAAGCCCCGAUACAUGCAGUGGAGGGAGACCAUGAGCUCAACCUCUACCCUAGGCUUCCGGAUUGAGGGCAUCAAGAAAGCUGAUGGGACCUGUAAUACCAACUUCAAGAAGACCCAGGCGCUGGACCAGGUGACAAAAGUGUUGGAGGACUUCGUGAAUGGGGAUCGUGAAAUCCUGAGAAAGUAUGUGGCACGCCUGGAAGAACUUCGUGAAGCACUGGAGAACUCCCCUUUCUUCAAGACUCAUGAGGUGGUGGGCAGCUCUCUCCUCUUUGUACAUGACCACACUGGCCUGGCUAAGGUCUGGAUGAUUGACUUUGGCAAGACAGUGGCCCUGUCUGACCACCAGACGCUCAGCCACAGGCUGCCCUGGGCUGAGGGCAACCGUGAAGAUGGCUAUCUCUGGGGCUUGGACAACAUGAUCUGCCUCCUUCAGGGUCUGGCCCGAAGUUGAUCCACUUAGCCACCUCCAGGAUUAUUAAUUAGAUGGUACCAGUCUGGCAGGAGUAGCCCUGGAAUGCCACGGGGGCUUGAGGGCAACUAGGGAACUGAUCUCCAAGGAUGGAAAAGGUCAUGUCAUACGCCACACAAGACCAAUGCUGAAAGGCAUUGGGAGACCAGGUAGCUUCUGGUCCCUUCAUGAUAUAGGGGCUGGAAGGACCCUGGAGAGGGCAUGAUGAGGCUUAUAUGGUGAAUUAGCAGAAUGAGUCCCUUGAUCAGCUAGGAAGGUUUCUGAAGGGCUGCUGGAGGCCACAGCUAAACCAUACUGCCUUGAGAAGACACAGUUAAAUCCAUAGGGCAUGGUGUGACACCUUGCUUAUGACUAUGUAACUUGUGACCUGCCUCCUUGUCAGCUCCCUCCUGGUGGCAAGCUGGCUCCCUAAGGCCAAGGAGUGGGUCAGAUUCAUCUUUGGUGUCCCAGAAGGAUCAGGCAUCAUUUGUGAACACAUGCAGGAGCCAUUUGUCUGCCCAAGGAGAGCAACAGCCCAACUUCAUCUUGGGAGUCAUUCAAGGCCUAAGUAGCAGAGGCUCUGACACCAUGGGACUGACGAUGCCCAGGGGCAGAUGGUGCUGGAUGUGGCACAGUUCACUGCUGUUUUGCCCCACCAUGCCCAUGACCCAGCUCCUCAGAGAGCUCUGUUGACUCCUGCAGACCCACACCACAGCCACUUCCCAGCACCUGUGCCAGCACUGUGACAAGGACAACUUCAAUCCUUUCCACAGCAGAUCUUGCCUCAGGACUUCCUCCUUCUGCCCCCACCCUUGGCCUUUCUGGCUCCUUCCUCUUAGCAAACUGCCAUGGCAAAAAGGUUCAGAAGCAGGAGAGCAGGUGUCCUGUGCCUCAGAGCUGCCUUGCUCUCAGGGGUACCUCUGCAGU